AUGUUGGAAGGCGUGGUAGCCAACUUGCUCAACCGCUUCCUGGGCAUCUACGUCAAGAAUUUCGACGCCAAGCAACUCAACAUCGGCAUUUGGUCUGGCGAUGUCAAACUCCGCAAUCUCGAGCUGCGCCGCGAAGCCCUAGACCAGCUUCGUCUCCCCCUCAACGUCGUCGAAGGCCAUCUCGGUGAGCUCACGCUAUCCAUCCCCUGGUCCAACCUGCGAGGGAAGCCCGUCAAGGUCGACAUCGAAGAUGUCUUUCUCCUCGCCGCCCCCAAGGAAGACGCCGACUAUGACCCCGAGGAAGAGGAGCGAAGGGCACAGACCCUCAAAAUGGAAAAGAUCGAGAGCGCCGAGAUUCUCAAGGAUCGCAACGCAGAGGGCAUGAGCCAGGAGGAACAACGCCGGAACCAGAGCUUCACCCAGAGUCUCGUAACCGCCGUCGUUGAUAACCUCCAGAUUUCCAUCAAAAAUGUGCACUUCCGCUACGAAGAUUCUAUCGCCUCUCCUGGUCACCCGUUCGCCGUGGGCCUGACUUUGAAGGAGCUCAGUGCCGUCAGUACCGAUUCAGAAUGGAACCCCACGUUCAUCCAGUCGACCUCCGGAACGACGCAUAAAUUGGCUAUCCUGGGCGCCCUUGCAGUCUAUUGGAACACGGAUGCAGAGCUCAUGGGAACGGGCCGAGGUUCGGAUGUCGGUGCUGAAGCGCAAGGCACAAGUCAUGCGGAGUUAAUGGAACGGCUGCGAUCCGGCAUCGACGAUGAGGAAAAUAAGCAGUUUAUGCUCCGUCCCGUCAGCGGCCGUGCUGGCUUGGAGCUGGACAAAUCCGGAAAACAUGACAAGCCCGCCGUCAAGACCCGACUCUUAUUCGAUGAGCUCAGUUUUGUCUUGGAUGAUCACCAAUAUCGCGAUGCACUGAUGCUUGUGGACUUGUUUCACUACUUCAUCCGCCAUCAAGAAUACAAAAAGUUUCAACCAAAGUGCCGACCGAAGGAAGAUCCCCGCGCAUGGUUCAAAUUCGCCGGAAAUGCCGUCCUCAGCAAGAUUCACGAUCGGAACAAACGUUGGACCUGGGAUUAUAUCAAAGAACGUCGGGAUGAUCGGAUCGCAUACAUCAACCUCUUCAAAAAACAGAAGAGGGAGGGCUCCUUAUCAGGAUCGGAUCUUGAAGAAUUCGACCGAUUACAGCAUAAGCUUAGCUACGAAGAUAUUCGAUUCUGGAGGUCAUUGGCCCGAAACCAACUGCGCAAAGAGAAUGUGGGCAUCAAGAAACCUCCACGAGCUCAGACAUGGUCUGAGUGGAUCUGGGGUACAAAGAAGGAAGAGUCUGAGGAGACAACCAUGACCGAGGAGCAACGCCAGGAGCUUUACAACGCUAUCGAUUGGGAUGAGAAGAAAGCGAUUGCAGAAAGUGUCGAUGUUCCGCGGGAAUGGGUGAAGCUUCAGGUGAACUCUGGCCUGAAAGCUGGCAGUUUCACGCUCAAGCGCGACCCUCACGGAAAGGCCAAUGAAGUCAUGAAGCUCGUGUUCGACGAUCUGCGAGCCAAGGCUCUACAGCGUCCCGACUCUCUCUUCCUCGAUGUUAACCUUGGAGGACUGAGAGUCUACGAUGGAACGACCGAGGGGAGUCUCUACCCUCAGAUCGUCAAGGUGAAAGACUCCCUUCCAGUGCCAAAGAACCGGUUGUCCCAGAUCUCGGGCAAUGAGGAACUGGAGUCUGAAGUGGGAGAUUACAGCUUGGGCGAUGACGAUACUCUCUUCCACCUCCAACUUGAGAAGAACCCACUCGAGAGUGAUGCCGACUCAGUGGUCAAGGUCAAGUUAAAGAGUAUUGAGGUCAUCUACAACCCCAAGUUCCUAGUUGAGAUUGUCAAGUUCUUCGAGCCCCCAGAGCGCCACAUGGAGUCGAUUGGUGCCCUUCUGGACACCGCUGGAGCCACCGUGGAAGGUAUUCGGCAGCAAACCCGAGCUGGCUUGGAGUUUGCCUUGCAGGAGCACAAGAAGGUGGACGCGCAGUUUGACAUCCACGCACCCCUGAUUAUCGUACCGGAAAGUAUCACCCAAGAAAGCUCCCUGUGUCUGAUCCUGGACGCCGGUCACGUUAGCGUGAACAGUGAGCUGGUCGACCGACAGACCAUGAAAGACAUCCAGUCAAAGCAGAAGCGCCAAUACGAUGAGGGCGACUACAAGGAGCUCGAGCAUCUGCUGUAUGACAGGUUUUUGCUCAAACUUGAUUCCACCCAGGUGCUUAUCGGCCCGGGAAUUGAGAUUACAAAAUCGCAACUCAGCUCAGAUGUCGCAUCGAAGAAUUUGCACAUCAUUGACCGCAUCAAUGUCGACUUUGUUCUAGAGCUGUGCAUUGUGCCAAAGGUCACGGAACUCACGAGAACUCGGAUCUCUGGCCAUCUUCCUGAACUCCACGCAUCAAUCUCUGAUACCAAGUACAAGGGCCUGAUGAAAUUGAUUGACAUUGCCAUACCCAAAUUUGAUGAGGGCGGUAUUGAGUCAAACAAAACCACCAAAAAGCCCGAAGAGGCGGCAGUUGUCGGUAACAGGGCCAGGUCAUCAUCGUUCCAACCUCAAGCUCUGAGGGAACUACCUGUUGUUGAUGAGGAUUCUGACGAUGAGAAUGAAUCGGAUGAUGAACAGACAGGAAAGGGCGCUGACCAGCCCAAUAUCCAUCGUCGUGACUUUGAGUUCAAGUUCACUGUUGGCCGCCUUCGUGGUUCCCUGUUCAGAUCUGACCCCUAUGACCAGUUGGCCGAACAUCUACUGGUCGAGCUAAUAGCGGAGGGAUUUCAGUUGGACUACUACAAACGGCCCUUUGAUAUGGUAGCUGAAAUUGUCCUGAAGUCGUUGAGCGUGGAUGACUACAUCGAAGAAAACCCCCUUCCUGAAUUCAAGAGGAUAAUAUCCUCCAAGGGCUUUGAUGCCGACGAAGAGAAGGAUCUAUUCCAUCUCAAAUUCGUCCGCGUUAAUCCUGAGUCUCCUGAGUUCCAUUCUACCUAUGAAGGGGUAGCGAUGAAUCUUGAUGUGUCCGUCUCGACCAUCAACCUCGUUGUCACCAGGAAAACUCUUCUGACACUACUGGACUUCAUACUCCUCACCUUCACAAAUCCCCAGCAGCAGAACGAUCAAGAUGCCCAGUCUGAUAAGACAAUCCAAGGAACCACCGCGGAAGAACAACAGCCACAGCAGAGUGGAAAGAUCCGCAUCAAGGCCGACCUCAAGAGUAUCGCGCUCAUACUGAACAAUGAUGGUGUCAGACUAGCUACCCUAAGUCUGAACACCGCUGAUGUUGGCAUCUUCCUUGUUGGUCGUUCCAUGCUGAUCCAGUCCCGGAUUGGAAGCUUGACCUUGAUAGACGAUGUCAACACGGGUGCAUCAGAAACCUCAGACCUUCGAAGACUUCUGACUAUUGAGGGCGAUAAUUUUGCGGACUUCAAAUACGAAACGUUCGACCCCGAAAGUUCCACCUAUCCAGGGUAUGAUUCGGAAGUCUUCUUGAGAUCAGGCUCCAUCAAGAUCAACUUCCUUGAAGAACCGUACCGGAAAAUCAUCAAUUUCUUGGUCAAGUUUGGCAAGAUGCAGGCCAUCUUCAAUGCAGCCCGCCAGGCUGCCGCAAAUCAAGCAAACCAGCUUCAGCAAAAUGCAUCCAGGAUGCGAUUUGACGUCGUUGUUAUGACACCGAUUCUUGUCUUCCCCGGUGUUGUAAAAGAUGAUCGUCCACGUGAUACCGUGACUGCUCAUCUAGGAGAGAUUUACGCCAAGAAUGAGUUUGUCCCUCUUGAGGAAGAUGACAAAGAUAGUCCUGCUGUCAACGUGAUUUCCAGUGGUAUUCGCAACAUCCGGUUGACCUCGAAAUUCCACUUCGCAGGAGGUGCAGUUGAGGAACAUGAGAUGAUCCAAAAGGUCAAUUUGGACUUCAGUAUAUGCUAUCUGGAACAUCAGCAAAACAACCCACGUCCCGAUAUCGAGGUGGAAGGUUCCAUGUCGCCUAUCAACCUUCGCAUUUCCCAGAAGCAGCUCAAGUUCCUCCUGGAGUUGUCCAAGAAAGUACCUGGUGCUUUUGCAACCGAUACCGAACAGCAGGAGUUGGAAGCCAUGCAGGCUCUUCCAUCUUCUGUUACAGAACCUACCAAAGAGGCCGAGUCUAGAGCAGUCCAAAGUAGAAUUGACCAAGACCAAUUGUCACCACAGACAACACCCAACAAGGAGACUUGGGUCAGGUUGGAUAUGAUCUUCAAGGUUGACAGCGUUGGCUUGGAGCUCAUUCUUGGUAAAGACGACGAGCCUGUUGGCCGUUUGGAGGACUCGAGUUUGUCCAAGUUUUCGCUCAACGAUACCAAGGUCAAAUUGCGCAUGUUGACUGAUGGCUCCAUGGAGUCUGAACUGUUGAUCCACUCCCUCUCCAUUCGUGACAGCCGCAACAAAGACACAAAUAAGUUCCGGAAGAUCAUGUCGUUGAUCAAUAACGAUGUCCAACAGCAAUUCAUGGCCAGCGUCUCGAUCUCACCAGGACCAGAGAAGCAUCUUAUAGCGAUACUGAAUAUUGACAGCCCCCGGAUCAUACUUGCCCUGGACUACUUGUCUGCACUGCAAUCGUUUAGCAAUUCUGCGUUUGCCACGGAAGAGCCAGUGGAAGAGGAAGACGGCAACGAAACCCCUGAUGAGUCUGAACCCAGGUCCAGUACUGCUGAUAGCACUGAUGCGUCUGGUCUGAUGUCUCCGUCGAACGAGGAGGCUCCCGGUCCCGCCCAGAAGAUGACGAUGUCCUUCAGAUUGAAUCUGGUAGAUGCCCAAAUCAUCACGAUUGCAAACCCAGCCAUCACCAACACGGAAGCAAUAGUGCUUGGCACAAAGCAGUUGCUAUUCUCCCACCAACACGUUUCCACUCUCCAGAUCACAAAGGUGGGCAUGUUUUUGUGUCGUAUGGACAAGUUUGAGACCAGCAGGCUUCGGAUUUUGGAUGAUUUCACUCUAGAGCUGUCCGUGGAUAGCCGUGCGCAGGAGAAGGCGUCCUCCCUGACGUCAAUCAAUGUGCAUAUCGAGCCACUGGUCCUGCGACUCUCUCUUCGAGAUAUUUUGAUGGCGAUACAAAUCGUCAAUAAAGCGUCUGAGAUGAGAUCCCGAGGAUCGCACGAAGUGGAGACCGGCGAAACCAAAAGACUAUCGGAUGCUAAGGCUGCAAGCAUGAAGAGUUCGAGGAGACGAUCAGUCGGCAAACCCACCUCAACCGCAGUUGCACCAAGAAGUCAUCGUGGCUCGAGUGCGGCCGAAGUUCCCGAACAUCACCGAGUCCCUCAACGUUCGGCUAUUCUUAAGAGAGAAGAGCUCAAUGCCCAGAUUGACGGUCUAAGAGUGAUCCUCAUCGGAGAUCUUCAUGACCUUCCGCUGCUCGACUGGAGUGUGAAGAAAUUCAAUGUUGACGUCCGUGACUGGUCAUCUACACUGAGUGCGGACACCAACUUUGACACAUUCAUAAACGUGUACAAUUUCUCCAAGUCGGCCUGGGAGCCUCUCAUCGAACCUUGGCAGCUUGGCUUCCACAUGGCGAAGGAAGUGAAUCCAGACAUACUCUCGAUCGACGCCUACUCGCACAAGACCAUGGAACUCACGGUUACGUCGGCUACUAUUGCCCUGGCGUCCAAGUCCUUGCAGUUCCUUUCUACAGACGAGGACGUCCUCUCGAAGCCGAGAGGCGCUGAUGCUCCCUACCGGAUCCGUAACCAUACUGGGUUUGACUUGCAUGUUUGGGCUGACGUUAGUGCGGAUGAAGAAGGUCCAGCUGCUCGUCUCGCUGAUGGCGAGGAAUAUCCUUGGCGAUUUGAAGACUCGACCGCUAUGCGUGAAAAUCUUGCCCCUGAAGGGCACGCUGGACUCGUGGGUGUCAAGCUCGAGGGCAGUGGUUUCGAGAGCGUAAGCCGCAUCCCUGUUGUACGAGAGGGCGAGAUUAUGUACAGUCUGAAGCCCAAGAAAGAUGGUGUGCUGCAUCGACUCCUUGUUGAAGUGAAAUUGGGAGCGGACAACGUCAAAUACAUUACCUUCCGCUCGCCACUUCUGGUUGAGAACAAUACACAGAUACCCGUGGAACUGGGCAUCUUUAGUCCCAGGGAAGGCCAUCUGUUGAAGAUAGAGAAGAUUCUCCCAGGUGACUCUCGACCUGCGCCUGUUGGGGCAGCGUACAUGCAUUCUCUUCUCAUCCGCCCUGACCAAGGGUUUGGCUACGACUGGUCCAAUGAACAAUUGCAUUGGAAAGACCUUUUACGUCGGCCAACGCGGACGAUCAAAUGCAUGAGCGAAAGCGGGCAACAAGCACCGCCUUUCUAUUUCCAGAUGAAUGCUACCUACAACGAACGAGAUAGCCUCACCAGUGCUUAUCCUUACAUGCGAGUGAGGAUUUUCGCUCCUGUCGAGAUCCAGAACUUGCUACCUUACGAUUUCAAGUACCGCAUCUACGACAAGAAUACUAAGAAGGAUUGGACGAAUUUCCUUCGGAAAGGGGGUGUGAGCCCUGUCCAUGUCGUUGAGUUGUCACACCUCCUGCUUCUUAGCAUCGACCUGCAGGAUAGUGUGUUCAGACAGAGUGACUUCUCUAUCAUUAAUGGAAACGCCCAAGAUUUCAGACGAGAGCAUGAUUUGUCCUUGAAAGAUGAGCGAGGUCGAGAGCUGAUACUGAAGCUUCAUUACUUCAACAUUCCUGAUAGCGGAGGUGCCUUCAAGGUCUCGAUAUACAGUCCCUACCUCAUCUUGAACAAGACUGGCCUCCCGAUGGAGAUCCAGAGCAAAGCCUUCCUGCAAUCAGCUCGGGCAGCCGCCGGACAAGGGAUCAGAGCCGACUCGAGGAGCGGUGGGAAGGCUCUUCCAUACAUGUACUCUUACCAUACCGACGAUCCGAAGAACCGCUCGAUACUGAGAAUUGGUGGCUCUGCCUGGAGUAAACCGCAAAGUUUCGAAGCCAUCGGGAGCACGUUCGAAGUUGUCCUUCCUGACAAAAACGGAAAAUGCGAAUUCCACUCCGGUGUGUCUGUUGCUGAGGGUCAGGGCAAGUACAAGCUGACGAAGGUUGUCACUCUCGCCCCUCGUUUUGUCCUGAAGAACAAGCUUAGCGAAGAUAUUUUGGUCCGCGAGCCAGGAUCAUCGAACGUGCUCACCCUCAAAAGCGGUGAACUGGCGCCUCUUCAUUUCUUGCGCCAGGUAGCUGAGAAGCAGCUAUGCCUGUGCUUCCCCGGUGUGAACAACCAAUGGUCCUCUCCAUUCAACAUUGCCGAUAUUGGGACGGUGCAUGUGAAGCUAGCAAAGGCAAAUCAGCGGCAGAGAUUGAUCAAGGUCGACGUGAUCAUGGAGGAUGCGACUAUUUUCCUUCACUUUACCUUUGAAAACAGAAACUGGCCAUUCUCCAUGCGGAAUGAGAGUGACAUGGAAUUCAUUUUCUAUCAGGCGAAUCCGAACCUGGAAGAAGACGACGAAGAUACUAGGAGCAACGGAUGGCGGCCCAUUCGUUAUCGUCUCCCCCCUCGGAGCAUCAUGCCUUACGCCUGGGAUUAUCCUGCCACGAAGAACAAAUCACUCGUGCUGACAUGCAACGGCAAGGAGAGACAUAUCAAGCUCGCGGAGAUUGGUAACCUUAUGCCGAUGAGGAUACCACCAUCGCAGUAUGGCGGAUCGCAGAAGAUCAUCGAUAUCAACAUUGUCGCCGAUGGGCCCACGCAAACCCUUGUCCUGUCCAAUUUCAAGGCAUCAAAGAGUAUCUACAAGCAACAGAGUGGCCAAACCUCACAGGCCAGUCUGAGUGCCGGCUUUGAAGUCAAGGAAUUGGACUCUGACGUCAACUUCAAGGCCCAGCUUCGCUUGGGCGGAAUUGGCAUAUCCUUGAUCAAUCAGAAUCUCAAGGAACUCUUGUAUAUGACCUUCCGCGAGAUUGAGAUCAAGUACCGAGAAUCCAGGGUGUAUCAAACUCUGAGUAACACGAUCAAGUGGAUUCAGAUCGACAAUCAACUGUAUGGAGGCAUCUUCCCCAUGCUGCUGUACCCCAGUGUCGUUCCGAAGACUGGGAAAGAGAUGGAGGCGCAUCCGAUCUUCCACGCUAUGGUCACUCGCGUUAAAGACGAUUCUUACGGUGUGCUCUAUAUCAAGUACGCUACGGUGCUUAUCCAGCAAAUGACCUUGGAACUGGAUGAGGACUUUGUGCUUGCCAUGCUCGAUUUCGUCAAGGUUCCCGGAGCCUCAUGGUCUGAAGAACAAGAAGGCACACUUUGCGACGACACACUCAACAUUCCCGAGCCGCGGAAUGAAGAUGCUGGGCAAGACGUCUACUUUGAACUUCUCCAUAUCCAGCCUAUGCAAGUUGACAUCUCCUUCAUGCGGACUGAGCGUGUGAACGUUGAGGAUACAAUGCAACCGUCCAACCCGCUGAUGUUCUUCGUCAACGUCAUGACGAUGUCCAUGGGCAAUGUGAAUGAUGCACCGGUCCGAUUGAAUGCCCUGAUGCUGGAAAACGCGCGUGUAUCACUGCCACUCCUCGUCAGCAACAUCCAGAGGCACUACACGCAGGAGUUCCUUGGUCAGGUCCACAUCGUUCUUGGUUCUGCGGACUUCUUAGGGAACCCGGUCGGUCUGUUCAACAGUGUUAGCUCCGGUGUUGCUGCCAUUUUCUACGAGCCGUAUCAAGGUCUCGUUAUGACAGACAAGCCGCACGAGCUUGGCUAUGGCAUUGCGAAGGGUGCAACGAGCUUCGUGAAGAAGUCUGUCUUCGGUCUGUCUGACAGUAUGGCAAAGUUUACUGGCAGUAUGUCGAAGGGUCUUGCAGCUGCCACACUGGACAAGGAAUUCCAAGACAAGCGACGCAUGUCCAAGUACCGCAACCGGCCGAAGCAUGCGCUGUAUGGUAUCACUGCCGGUGGCAGUGCAUUUGCCACCAGCCUGGCUAGUGGAAUCGGUGGCCUUGCCCGUCAUCCCCUCCAAGGAGCGGAAGAGGGAGGUAUUGGCGGAUUUUUCCAGGGUGUUGGGAAGGGUCUCAUCGGUUUGGCUACGAAACCCGCCAUCGGUGCCUUUGAUCUUGCUUCAAGUCUUGCCGAGGGUGUCCGAAACACCACGACCGUGUUCGAUGCGGAGGGCCUUGACCGCGUCCGGCUAACUCGAUUCAUCGGCACUGAUGGCAUCGUACGCCCGUACUCCCAGCGGGAGGCUCUGGGCCAGUUCUGGCUCAAGACGGCUGACGAUGGAAAAUACUUCAACGAAGACUAUAUUGCUCAUCUAGAGCUCCCGGGCCGAGACAUGCUGGUCAUGUUGACCUACAACCGCAUCAUGCUUGUGCGAACCAAGAAGCUCCAGACUGAGUGGGAGAUCCGUCUCCGCGACAUCCAGACCAUUUCGAAGGAGCGCACUGGUAUGAGUAUUACGUUGAAGGGCGGCACCAAUGGGCCCUUCAUUCCGGUCCAGGACGAGAGUGCUCGCAACUGGCUCUACCGGCAGAUUGCAGUUGCUGUCAAUGCCUUCAAUGAAAAGUAUAAUACUCGGAGUUGA